AGGCUCUCCUUGUUUAGCAGCAGCACCUCGCUCAUAUUUUUAUAAUCUCAUCUCCUUACGCUCACUGUUUCUGUGGCUCUGAGUCUCUCAGGUUAUUGGUUAUGGUGGCUUGAGUUUGUGAUACUAGUAAGUUAUGGAGAAGAAGAUGGCGAAGAAGAACCCGUUGGUUUUUAUGGAUGUGUGUAUUGAUGGCGAUCCUAAGGAGAGAAUGGUUUUUGAGCUUUUCUUGGAUAUUGCUCCCAAGACUGUAGAAAAUUUCCGUGCUCUGUGUACAGGGGAAAGAGGAAUUGGUCCUAAAUCUCAAAGACCAUUGCACUACAAGGGAUCCUUUUUCCAUCGCAUCAUUAAAGGUUCCAUGGCUCAGGAUUACAGGGCUGAUGGUCACGACUGCAUUUCUUGUGAUGUAGUUUUAAGGGCGGUGAUAUUUUGAAACGAGAUGGGACCUUUGGAGAGAGCAUAUAUGGGGGCAAGUUUCCGGACGAGUCUCCAAAGCUAAAACAUGAUGAACCGGGUCUUCUGUCCAUGUCAAUUGCUGAUCGUGAUGCUUUAGGCUCUCAAUUUAUUAUUACCUUCAGGGCUAAUCAUCAUCUUGACAGGAAGUAUGUAGUCUUUGGGAAGCUUGUGCAAGGAGAUAAAGUACUGAAGAAUAUUGAAGAUGUGGGUGAUGAAGAAGGGAGACCCACUGUAACAGUGAAAAUAAUCAACUGUGGUGAAUUUAUAGAGGACAAAAAGAAAGUAAAUAAACUGAAAGUGGAAAAGCACAAGAAAUCUUCUAGAGACAGAAAGAGGAGGAGGAGAAACUGCAUGUCCGAUUCGGAGAGUUCAUCUGAUUCUGAUAUGGAAUCAACGGAAUCUGAUAGUGAUUCUGACUCCCUUUUGUCCUCAUCAUCUGAGAUUAGUUCUUCAAGUGAAGAUAGGCGCAAGAAGAGAAAGAGAACUUCUAAACGAGACAAACAUAGACGUGGAAAAAAACGAGACAAGAGACGUGAAAAGAGGCGAAAGAGACGUGACAAGCGAUCCAAACGUAGAACAAGAAGAUCAUCAGAUAGUCUCACAGAUGGUGAGAGUGAGAGUGAAACCAGCUCUGAUGACGAUGCUCUUAAUGCUCAAGCAAAACAGAGGAAGUGUAGAGACCCUUCUCAGAAAACUGCUGAGGGUCAGUCUCCUGUGGUUUUGGAAGAAGAAGUUGCCUCCCUUCCUUGUAAAAGGAGGGAGGAACCUGAUAUACUUGAAAAGGAAGAUGGUGAAUUCCCCAAGGAAAAUGGAUCUCGACGAAGUAAUGGCAUGGAGGCAGAUGCUAAAUCCUAUGGCAGUGAAGAUAGAGAACCUGAUAUCAGAGAUGAUCACCCAGGAAAAUCCAGGAAGCUGAUGAGCAGGAGCCAAAGCAUGAGUCCCAAGAGGACCUCAAGUAAGAGUAUGAGUAUUAGUCCCAGGAGGAGCCUGAGCAAGAGCCCGGAUGUUAGUCCAAAGAGAAGCGCUAGCAGGAGUCGCAGUGCUAGUAGAAGCCAUCCUCGUGUCUCGCAGAGGAGUAUCAGCAGAAGUCCUGUUAGAAGUGGCAGCAGCCAGAGCCCAGCUAGAAGUUUCAGCAGAAGUCCUGUGAGGGCAAAGAAGGCUAGAAGCAUAAGCACGAGCCCGGUGAGAUCUCGGUCUCGAAGAAGUUUUAGCAGGAGCCCUGUGAGAGCACUGCCUCAAAGAAGCCGAAGCAGGAGCCCGGUGAGAUCUCUGUCGCGAUCAUUGAAAAAGUCAAUUAGCAGAAGUCCUUUAGGAGAUUCUAAGAGAAGCAUAAGCAGAAGCCCAAUUAGAUCUCGGAGAAGCAUAAGCAGAAGCCUGGUUCGAUCUUCCCGGAGAAGCAUCAGCAGAAGCCUGGUUAGAUCUUCUCGGAGGAGCAUCAGCAGAAGCCCGGUUCGAUCUUCCAGGAGGAGCGUCAGCAGAAGCCCCAUUAGAUCUUCUCGGAGAAGCAUUAGUAGAAGCUCUGGCAGGAGAUCUUCUCGGAGAAGCGUUAGCAGGAGUCCAAUUAGGGCACCGAGCAGGAAUAAUCGUCGCAGCUACUCAAGGAGCCCUAGCAUACGUAGGGCAAGGUUUCCUGAUCGAAGAAGUUUGUCAAGAAGUAUUUCCCCAGACGGGUCUCCUAAGCGCAUCAGGAGGGGAAGAGGUUUCAGUCAACGAUAUGCUUAUGCUCGGAGAUACAGAACUCCCUCUCCCAAGCGUUCUCCUGUGAGAUCCUUCCGUUAUAGCGGGCGUGAUAGAUAUUCCAGUUACCGAAGGUAUUCUCCUAGGCGUUUUAGAAGUCCUCCAAGAGGAAGAACUCCACCAAGCAGAUAUAGAGGGAGGAGAAGUCGUACGCGAAGCCCAUCUGUAUCACGCAGCCCCCGUUAUCGCAGUCGUCAUUAUAGCCAUAGUGGCAGCCCUGUUUGCAGUCGUUCCCCAGUUGAUGUGUCCAAGUCUCGUCUGUCUCCACAAGUUGCAAGGCAGAGGUCGCUGUCUAGCAGCCGAAGUCCAUCAAAAUCACGAUCUUCAUUAGAUUCCCAGUCGCCAAAGCGACUCAGCAAAGACAGAUCAAGGUCAUCAUCAAGGAGCCCUGUUGGGAAGAAGGGUCUGGUGUCGUAUGAUGAUGGUUCUCCCGACUCUAGUUAAAGGUGAACUGGGUGAAAGACGUGACGUUGAUGAUAUCCUUGGUCAGGACAAGCUUGAGCUAUGUAUCCUUCAUUUUGAGAAGUUGCGUUUGACGAUGAACUAGGGACGUGUUUUUUCCCUCCCCUUCCAACGGGACCUAAAUUGCUGUUUUUUUUUUUUUAACCGGGACAGAUAAUGUAGUCACAUAUAAUAUUCGUAGUGUGGUUCAGAUUUAUCUUUGGCGUGUUGCAAGGAUAUAGAGUAAUAAUUUAUCUUAUAAAGGAACCUAGAAUCAAGCUGCUGCUGGUUGUCCUUA